AUGAGCGUAGCCCUCGUGACGAUGGAUUCUGCGUACGGUCUUCGACUGGGCCUCGGCGGCCACCAUCACCAUCAUCAUCACCAUCCUCAUAGGGUCCGUUCCCCGGAGAGUCACGUGGUCCCCCAUCAGGAGCAGCCACAAGAUCACAAGGAGGACAUCGAGACCCCGUUGCGAUUCAGUGUGGUUAAUAUUCUGCGACCAGAGUUCGGUCGGGAGGCGAUCUUGAACACGAAGACACCGAAACCGGCCGGUCUGGCGACUGGACAUCCGACGACGAUUCCAGUUCCGAUUCCACGACACAGUCCCCUUUCACUGCCGCGAGAUUUGAGCCUGUCCUCCAGCCGACUGUCGCCCUCGAGGCCUCAGACGGGCAGUUUUUCGGUGCACAGGGAUCGGGACUUGUUUUCUUCGCAUUGCGGACUGACUUCGCCCCUCCAGAGGAGCACCGGCCUUAGCAGGAGUGGAAGUCUCGAGAGUCUAGCGAGCAGUAGAAGUUCUGUAACCGGAAGCUCCGUUACUGGAGCACCCUCACUGGGCUCCACGUCGUCUACCAUCAGCGGAGAUUCGUUGAGCGGAGACAGUAGCACGAGCAGCACGCCGAGCACAGGCUCCGGUCAACAGGCUUCGCUCAACGGACAGAGUCCUUGGCCUGCGUGGGUGUACUGUACCAGAUAUUCGGACAGGCCGUCUUCCGGACCACGAACGCGUCGGGUGAAACGAUCGCAGAGCAUCAGCAAAGCUACCACCCCAGAGGAGAAGAGACCGAGGACCGCGUUCAGCGCUGAACAAUUGGCCAGGCUGAAGCGUGAAUUCGCGGAGAAUCGAUAUCUCACGGAGAGAAGGAGGCAGCAGCUCUCGAGGGAUCUGGGCUUGAACGAAGCGCAGAUCAAGAUCUGGUUCCAGAACAAGAGGGCGAAAAUCAAGAAGGCCAGCGGACAGAAAAAUCCGCUCGCGCUUCAGCUGAUGGCUCAAGGACUGUACAAUCACUCGACGGUGCCCGUGGACGAGGACGGCGAGGAAAUCGUGACUGGCAGCAAUCAUCCGCAUUAA